AUGCCCGUCCAGGCGCCGGGUCCUGUUGCUGGACGACAACAUGUAUCGACGGAGCAUGAGGAAGAGGUGGUACCACCUCGCGCUCGAGCACGGCUGCGCGUUCCGGCAGCUGUUCCUCUCGGCCCCCGAGGCCGAGUGCCUGGCGCGCAACCGCCAGCGGGAGGCGGCCUGCCGCGUCCCCGACUUCUCGAUCCGACACAUGGCCGAGGUGUUCCAGUGGCCGCGGGCGGACGGCGAGUCGUGGGAGGCGCGGGAGCUCGUCUCCCUCACUCUGGACGCCUGCAGCGCGACUACACGGAGGGCCAGGUGGAGGCCUUCCUGCAGCACUGGCGGUGCCGCGAGGGCAGCUUCUGGAUGCCACUGCCGCCGCGCGACGAGCCACAGGCCGAGGCACAGAGCGAAGCGCACAGCGCCGACGUGGCGCUGCGGCGCGUCGUCUCGCGGGCCAUCUCGGAGGCGCCGCCAGAGCUGGGCGAGGCAAGGGGCGCGUUGUCCAAGAAGUGGAGCAAGCGGAAAGCGGAGCUGGUGAAGGAGCUCUCGGCGGAGCUGAAGGUGAGGGGCGGUGCCUCCGCCGAUGAGCUCAUCAACGGCGCGGAGAUCCUCUUCAUGCGCUCCUGCGUCGCGGAUGUGCAGCGCGCGGCGGCCGAGCUGCGCGGCUGA